AUGCCUCCACACCUACAUCGACGACGCCUCCACACCUACAUCGACGACGCCUCUACACCUACAUCGACGACGCCUCUACACCUACAUCGACGACGCCUCUACACCUACAUCGACGACGCCUCUACACCUACAUCGACGACGCCUCUACACCUACAUCGACGACGCCUCCACACCUACAUCGACGACGCCUCCACACCUACAUCGACGACGCCUCCACGACCCAUCCACAAUGCCCCCAAAACAAACCCUCGCCGUCUUCGGCGCAACCGGCAACCAGGCCGCCUCGGUAGCGCGCUUCGUGUUGGUCCCGCUACACCGUGCGCGCCAUAUCGCGUAACACAGCCAACCCCUCGCUGCAAUCCCGGGCUGCCGGUCAAGUCGGCCUUCUUCGCCCCGGCGAGCUUCAUGCAGAACUUCAUGGCGCAUACCUUGCGCCCUGUGCCCAGUCGCGCGGGCGAUGGGAGCUACCUCCUCGCCAACUGGGUUGGGGGCGACGCGCGGGUGCCGUUUAUUGACAUCACCGAGACGGGGAAGUGGGUUGGGGCUGUCCUUGCGGAGCCGGACAAGUACGCGGGCAAGCAGUUUGCGGCGGCGGCGGAAAUGCUCAGUAUGGAUGAGGUGGCGGAGGUUGUGUCGAGGCUGACGGGCAAGGUGGUCAAGUACCAGAGCGUGCCCGAUGAGGUGUUCAAGGGCUCUAUGCCCGAGGCGGUGCGGGAGCCGCUGUACGAGAUGUGGGUGUUGAGCCGCGACUAUGCCUACUACGGGCCGACAAUGGAGGAGGAUGUUGCGUGGGCCAGGGUGAAUGCGAGGGGGGAGGUGACGGGGCUGGAGGCGUUUCUGAGGAAGCACGAGUACAAGCUGGAGUGA